UUCAUUCAUUCAUUCACCAUCAACAGAGUCUUCGAUUGCUAUCACGUGAUCAAGUUGCUGGGCGUGGUCUCGGCGACGACUCCAUGCCUGGUUGUGAUGGAGAUGAUGCUGAACGGCGACCUGCUCUCAUUCAUCAGGAGGUACAGACGCAACGACAGCAGCCACAACGACGACGACGACGAUGAAUUGUUGCUGGGAAUGGCCGCAGAAAUAGCGGACGGGAUGGCCUACCUCGGUCACAAGCACUACAUACACAGGGACCUUGCUGCCAGGAACUGUCUCGUCGAUCACAAUCUUGUCGUUAAGAUUUCUGCGUUUCAUUCGGUUGAGGAAGCCAUGCCUGUUAGGUGGAUGGCCCCUGAGGUCCUCAGACGGCCUGGCUUCAAUGUCGAGAGUGACGUGUGGUCGUUCGGCGUGGUAUUGUGGGAGAUGAUGUCGCGCGGUUUGAGGCCCUACAUGAGUCUCAGCAAUGAGAAGGUCAUCCCGUUCGUUGGAGGGGGAGGGAGAUUGGUGAUUGACAGCAACUGGCCACCAAUAGCGAAGGAGAUUAUGGUUUCAUGUUGGCACGAGAGACCUUCCCAGCGAAUCAGCUUCAAGGAAAUUGUGGAAAAUCUGACAAAUUACGUGAAGCCUCAUUUUCUAAACAAGUCGUUCUGUUAUGGAGAGUAUUAUCAUAACUCAUCAUCUUCAAGAUGA